CGCUACUUAACACGCCAGAGCAGCCGUCGAGUGCGUAUGCGAUGGCCGCGCCGCCUGUCCCUCCGCGCCCGUUCAGCAACUACGACGACUUCCACACAUCCCAGCGGCCGUCGCCCCCGCCCAUCCCGCCCCUCCCGCCGGGCUUCGACCCCGCACAGGCGUCGGGCCCGCACUUUGAGGAUCCCCUUGUAGCACCCCGCCCCCACAAGCUGCAGCCCGAUCUGCCAGCAACCAUGGCACGCACGCUUGACGAGCUCGCCCAGCCACCACCACCCCCCAACGGCCCGUACCAGCGCGGUCGCUCCCCAGCCCACUACAACCCCGCCCCCGGCUUCGUCAUGCCCGCACCGACCAGCCGCUCUCACAGCCGCGGCCCGAGUCCCCACCAACACCCACAAGCCGAAUGGAGUCCAUGGGCCCCGCCGACCGCCCCUCCAAUGUCUCAGCCGCAGCCAAAUGGACACUACAACCCCGACGGGCUCUCCGCCCAGUUCGCGAACAUGUCUUUCCAGGAGCCUCCACCUACUCAGGCGUACCACCCGCGGUCCACCUCGGUCUACUCCACGUAUGGCCCACCCAUACCUCCCCCGCAACAACCCGUCAGCACCUCCGCCCCUGCUUCGCUCACUGCCCCUCUGCCGACCAUCCCCGCACUCGUCGCUCAACUACCACCCAUCCAGCAGCCAGGUUUCGAUCCAGCCGUCAAGAUCGCUUGGUGCCGCGAUGUCCUCUCCCUCGUCACCCGCGCGCAGCAACUCACGAACCCUGAUUAUGCCGCAGCAGGCGGCGAUCCGCCGCAGGGCCCCGCGCGCAUAGACGACCCCGAGCUGCAGCGCCUCGUCGACGUCGCGGUCCCGCUGAUCGUGCAGAUGGCGAACAACACCGCGACCCCGAAGCCCAUCUGGGCCGCGGAGGCUCUCUACCUGCUCGCGACGCUAGAGAGCAGCGGCGCGUUCCCAACGUACGUUUCCCAGGACCCGCGCACGAGCUUCCGCCACUGCGAGCAGGCCGCCAAGGCGGGCUUCCAUGCGGCGUGGUUCCGCCUGGGGAGGGAUUACGAGAACUUCAAGGACGUGGAGCACGCACGGCAGUGCUUUGAGCGGGGCGUCAAGAGGGGUGUCGAGAGUUGCAUAUACCGCAUGGGUAUGGGGAAUCUCAUGGGCCAACUCGGUCUCCCUCCCAAUCCCGAGGUCGCAUUACCAUUGCUCCACCGCGCUGCGACGCUCGCAUCUGUCGACGUACCGCAGCCCGCCUACGUCUACGGCCUCCUUCUCCUCAACGAGUUUUCGCACGUCGAGAUCCCGCCCCAUCUCUUCGCGCCCUACAUCCCACCAGGCUCGAACGCCGGCAUGGAGGCUCGCAAGCACCUCGAGCGUGCGGCCUACCUCAACUUUGCCCCCGCGCAGUACAAACUCGGGCAUGCUUACGAGUUUGCGCAGCCGCCGUUCCCGUUCGACGCGCUGCUGAGCGUGCAGUACUACUCGCUGGCGAGCCAGCAGGGCGAGGACGAGGCGGACAUGGCGCUCAGUAAGUGGUUCCUGUGUGGCGCGGAGGGCGCGUUCGAGCGCGACGAGGGCCUUGCGUGGACGUUUGCGGAGAAGGCGGCGAGGAAGGGCUUGCCGAGCGCGGAGUUUGCGAUGGGGUACUAUGCAGAAGUCGGUGUCGGCAGCCCGAAGGAUACUGAGGUGGCGAAGAAGUGGUAUGGCAGGGCCGCGCAACAUGGCAACCCCGAUGCGGCGGAACGUUUGCGUGCGCUGUCGCAGCCCGAUGCCCGGCGGAUAUCUCGUGAACAACACGAGUCUCUCGCAGACACGACCAUCGUGCGCAAGCGCACCCUUGCACGACAACGUUCGCAAGCUCGGCACGGACCCUCGGGCGGGCGGCCUCCAGGCCCAGCAGCGCAGGGCGCGCAGAUUAUCCAUAACGUCAGGCAGAGCUCCCUACGACAUGGUCCACCUCCCAACGGCGGUGCGUUCCCGCCCAGUGCGUCUGCACCUCAAGUGGGCGCGCCAGGAUAUGGUGCGCCGGCGCAGCUCCCGGCGAGCGCGUCGCAGCCACAUCUGCCGCCCGCGGGGUCGCCUGGUCCGGGGGGUCAGCGUCCUUUUGCCAACGCGACGCGCUAUAGCCUCGUCGACCCUGGAUCGCGCUCGGCGUCGCCUGCAGCUCCCGGCGGGAACCGUGCAGGCGUCGGCGCCGGCGGGCUGCCCUCUCGACCAGUGCCACAGCGGCAGAACAGCGGGCAGCCAGACGUGUCGAGCCCUCUGGCACAGGCACCGCAGAAGCCCGGUCCGCAGACGUUCGAGGAGAUGGGCAUCUCGACGGGUAAGCUGGAGGAGAAGGACUGCGUUAUAAUGUGAGAGGUGUCGAGACUCGGAAAGACAAAUGGACGUCCUAUGCAUAACGCGCAAAGACUCUUUGGACGGUGCUCGAAUUCACUCGGACUUUUAAGGAGCUCUCUCGUUUUGUGUGCUUUCGUAUAUUCGGUGCAUGUCGGAAAGGGUGGAUCAGUUUUCGGGUGACGUCGUGACCUCUGUAAAUGAGCUUCCCUGUAGUACAAUCGACCUUCCAUCGCAUGCUUGACUCAUGUUGCUGGGUCAGUUUGAGGAAGGAUCAUCCAGAGCGCGGAUAAGCAUUGUCCGGUUGUUCUAGUUGAUCUGCUAGCAAUCCACGGACUGCACUUGACUGGUGACCAGUCUUCGUGUUCACCUCAACGCGUACACACGAGGAUGUAGCGCAAGAUGUGGUGCGACUCAACCAACAUAUCCGCUCAUGUCCAGCAGCUUCGUGUUCGUGAAGGUGACAGACAUGCACA